AGCCGGUGUCUGACGGAGGCUUUGGUACGCACACUGUCUAAUCUGUUUAUAUUGUGAACCUACUCAGCUGUUUACAAAACACUGCGUGUAGAAGACGCAGUUUCGAGUGAGUUUUUAAUGCGCGCUGAGGUAUCCAUCCGCCGGGACACACUUUUGGGCUUUAUUUUCCCUGGAACACGAGCCUCUGGAUGAAAGGAUCCCUACCGCAUUUUUGUUGCUCCAACGUGGACUUAAACUGCUGGAGACCGGAGCCCUCAGGAUCGGAAUAAAAUCACAGAUUCAAAAAAAUAAACACGAAGAAGACAACACGCCUUUGACCUGUGGUGGAUAUAUACUUUAAGGAAUGCUGCUGUCCAAGCUCAAUUCUCUGGCCCACAUCUCCACUGUAGACAUGCCGGCGAAAAUCCAGCUCCAAGUUCAUCAAGUGAAGGAGAGGGAGCCGUUCGAGAAGCUCUAUCAGGUCGGCGCGGUGCUGGGAAGCGGAGGCUUCGGUACCGUCUACUCCGGUACAAGGAUAUCCGACGGAUCUCCGGUUGCUGUGAAGCACGUUGCUAAGGACAGAGUCUCCGAAUGGGGAGAGCUGCCCAACGGCUCGCGGGUUCCCAUGGAGAUCGUGCUGUUGAAGAAGGUCGGCACGGGCUUCCGCGGUGUUAUCAAAAUGCUGGACUGGUUCGAGCGGCCGGACAGCUUCAUUAUUGUGAUGGAGAGACCGGAAAACGUGAAAGACAUGUUCGACUUCAUCACGGAGAAAGGUGCCUUACCGGAGGAGCUGGCGCGGAGCUUUUUCCGCCAGGUCCUGGAGGCGGUGCGACACUGCCACAACUGCGGGGUGGUGCACCGGGACAUCAAGGACGAAAACAUCCUGAUCGACCUGCGCACUGGGGAGAUGAAGCUCAUCGACUUCGGCUCUGGAGCUCUUCUGAAGGACACAGUAUACACAGACUUUGACGGCACAAGAGUGUACAGCCCACCUGAGUGGAUUAAAUAUCACCGCUAUAAUGGACGCUCAGCUACUGUUUGGUCCCUGGGUGUCUUACUAUAUGACAUGGUGUGUGGGGACAUCCCCUUUGAACAUGAUGAGGAGAUCUUGAGAGGACAGGUGCUCUUCCGGAGAAGAAUCUCAGCAGAAUGCCAGCAGCUGAUCAAGUGGUGUUUGUCUCUGCGGCCGUCAGACCGCCCAUCCUUCGAGGACCUCAUCAACCACUCGUGGAUGCAGAGCACAUCCUCCUCUGUAGUCCCGUCCACGGUGCAGACAGAGAAGACAUCCACAGAGAUCAGACUUCACAGCAUCAGUCAUGAGCCCACAGCCUUCACAUCCACCCCUGUCACAGUGGCUCGGUGAAGCAAAUUUAAAAAAAACAGCUCAUGCCGAGCUGAUCUGGUCCGAACUGGCCUGCACUGAGACUAUUACAAAAGACUUAUGUAACAGACUUGAAGCAGAGAAAAGGGAGGGCUGGCCCGCGGUCCUGUUGCAGAAAAGACGAAGGUGUAAAGGACUGAAUGCAGAGGAAGCUGAAAAAAAUCAUCACAACUUGGUUUCACUCUGCAAGGCCGGACCCUCUCCGCCCUCAUAACCCCUACUACUUGAUUUUCCCAACAGUGUCAGAGAGUUGUCCUCACUGGACUAUGAUCUCAACGCUGGGUGUUUAUCAGUCUGUUAGAGGGCAUGGCUCCGUAUGCACGGCCACCUGCAUCGAGCAAACACAAUACAUUCAGUUUCUUCUGAAUGGAGAGUGGACACACUGAGUUAUGUAACCUCUCGCCAAGCUGUACUCAGCUCUCACUCUAUUUUCUGUUUGAGCAAAGAGCAGAGGCGUUUGCAAAGAGGAUUUUUUUUUAAGUGCCUUCUGUGAGAUUGUUGGGGGAACCUGAAAAUACUUGAAUUUGUCAAAGCAAAAAUAAGGCUCUACUUCUCCACAGCCUUUAUUGCUCCUUACUUUGUACACAGCUUUAUAUUUUUCUUUGCUAUUUUCCUCUCAUGGGCCUAGAUCAGUAAAGCCUAUGCCAUUUUACAACCACUACUAUCACUUCUUCUACUACUCCAAUGUCAUUAGCAACCAGACAACCUCAUAGCUCCUGCAGCAACCUGUGCAAACAAAUCAUAAAAAACACUGGACUUACCUCUCUCUUUACUACAGCAUCCACCUCUACGUACGCUACAACCUCCACUUCCUCCUCUUCUGUAAACUUGUGUACUGUACACAAACACAAAGCUUAGGCAACCGCUGGUUCACAUCUACAUGAAUGCACACCACAAUGCAAACCUAACCAUACCGAAAUACAACAUCCUCUGCUCUUCACCUCGAUUAUUUUUAACGUUCAAACAGUGCCUCACACAGGUCUUAAAAUUUGAUGGAGACAAGAAUUGUAAAUAAUAAUAAUGAUAUUUAUUAUUGCUGUGACUUUCUUUCUCACACUCAAUGAGCGCAGAAUUUAUUUAUUUAUUUAUGAGAGAAUUUUGGCUGUACUUAAUGUAUUUCAUUCCACAGUCACUGAAGGGCCCACAGAUUAUUUUGGAAAAAAAAAGACAAAGAAAGAUUUUUUUUUCACCAUAUUUAUUAUGGCUUGAAUUUUUUUAAAAGAGCAGAUGCGCGUGUGUGUAUAUAUUGUAAAUAUGUAAAUAGUCCUGAAAGCACUUCCAUGUUAAUGUGUGUAAACAUUGGGCGUCUACUGAUGGUAACUGGUUUUGUUACGCUGUCGUCUGCUGUGUUAGAAAGUGAAAUCUGAAUGUUGGAUGUUUGUGUGUGUGAAUGCGAUGUGAGAUUGAGAAAACUUCCCUGGUUUCAUGAUUGCAGCUUGGAUUGUUGUUUUCACCCAUUAAAAUUAGAAUUGUAAAUUAUGUUAGAAACUAUUUUUAUACGACUUCAAUAAAUAUUUUUGUAACUAUUA